UCUCUCUAUCCAAAUAUCCCCAUUAUAAGAGAAUAAGCAUCCCCUCUCGCUCCCACCUAUCAUCUUUCAUCCUAACCCUCUAACCUCACCUCUUUAUCUCCCCCCAACAAUCCCCUUCCUUUACACCUCUAACACCACCUCUUUCCUUGCAUACAACACAUCACAAACACACCCAAAAAAAAAGAAAGAAAGAAAAUACAUCUCAUGUGUGCUUAAUAGAAGUUCUUGUGGCAUUUGUAUUUUGAUUUUUUUUUUUCGGGGUUUUAAUUGAUUUGGGGAUAUGGGUUUUUCAAGGAGUUUGAUUAUGGUUGGUUUUGUGUGGUUUUUGUGGACGUUUGUAUCGGCAUGUGCCAUGGACAUGUCCAUCAUAAGUUAUGAUGAGGGGCAUGGGAUGAGCGUGCCGAAAAGGAGUGAAGAGGAGGUGAGGGGUAUGUAUGAGAAGUGGUUGGCUAUGCAUGGAAAGGCUUCUAAUGGUUUGGAUGAGAGGGAGAAGAGGUUUGAGAUUUUUAAAGAUAAUGUGCAGUAUGUGGAUGAGCAUAACGCUGGGAAUUCCACUUUCAAGCUGGGGUUGAAUAGGUUUGCAGAUUUGACUAAUGAGGAGUUCAGAUCUAUGUAUUUGGGGACGAGGACGGAUUCGAAGCGGCGCUUUUCAAAGCCGAAAAGCGACCGGUACCUUUACAGGCAGGGUGAUAAGCUGCCGGAAUCUGUUGAUUGGAGGACGAAGGGGGCUGUGGCUCCUGUCAAAAAUCAAGGGAGUUGUGGGAGUUGUUGGGCUUUUUCGACCAUUGCUGCUGUGGAAGGAAUAAACAAGAUUGUUACAGACAAUCUGAUCUCACUUUCGGAGCAAGAGCUGGUUGACUGCGACACCUCUUACAACCAAGGGUGCAAUGGAGGCCUCAUGGACUAUGCUUUCCAAUUCAUCAUCAACAAUGGCGGCAUUGAUACUGAGGAAGAUUACCCAUACAAGGCAAAUGAUGGUCGCUGUGACGCUAACAGGAAAAAUGCCCAUGUUGUCACGAUUGACGGGUAUGAAGACGUUCCAGUGAAUGAUGAGAAGGCCCUCCAGAAGGCUGUUGUGAACCAGCCGAUCAGUGUCGCCAUUGAGGCUGGCGGAAGGGCUUUCCAACUGUACCAGUCGGGUGUGUUUACUGGGCGGUGCGGGACAGAGCUGGAUCAUGGUGUGGCCGCUGUCGGCUAUGGCACAGAGAACGGCGUGGACUACUGGAUCGUCAAGAACUCGUGGGGCAAGAGCUGGGGAGAGGAUGGAUACCUGAGGAUGGAGCGUAACAUCGCUGCCAAGUCCGGCAAGUGUGGCAUUGCCAUGGAGGCAUCAUACCCCAUCAAGAAAGGCCAGAACCCACCCAACCCGGGCCCGUCCCCUCCCUCUCCUGUGAAACCACCCACUGUCUGCGACAAUUACUACUCUUGUGCAGAAGAGACCACAUGCUGCUGCGUAUACGAGUAUGGCCGCUACUGCUUCGCAUGGGGUUGCUGCCCGCUUGAGUCUGCGACGUGCUGUGACGACCACUACAGCUGCUGCCCCCACAACUAUCCCGUUUGCAACCUCGACGCAGGGACCUGCUUAACUAGCAAGAACAACCCGCUGGGAGUGAAGAUGCUGAAGCGGACUCCUGCCAAACCUUACUGGGCUUACUCAAGUGCCGUUGGCAAGAAGAACAGUGCUUAAAAGGUGUGUUGUUCUUUCGGGCCCCAGAAGAACAGGUAGUAUGAGGUGCUCUUAGGGAUAAGUUGGAAUAAUAGCACAGCCUCGCCGCUCUUCUUAGGUCUUUGGGGUGGGAUGAUUGAUGAUUGGGAUGAAUGAUAUUGUACAUAGCAUCCUCUGCACUUGUUAUUUGAACGAACUUGAUAUUUACUAAUUAAAACUAGCUUUUACUC